GAUGCCUCUACUGGACGAAUCAUGGUGGUAUUGUUUAAAGAAGGGAGAAGGAAGUAAAGUUGACUUCCCCAUCAGAGCUAAACCAAUUCUGAGAAAGUCGUCUUCACAUUAUACUCUAGAUGAAAACAAUGCUUGUGUACAAGCUCCCUCGUUUAUACAAGAGACUGUUUCAUUCUAUGUUACAACUAACCCUUGUGGUGUAGACAGUUUAAGGGAACACUGA